AUGUCACCGCAGCCAACAACAUUAGCUGAAUUUUUCACAUUAUGUGGAAAUGAUACCUUUGCAAGGACACUACUGUACUCUGAGGUACCAACUUAUUUUACGUGGAAUACAUCAACAAGAAAAUUUCAGCGUCGUGAACAAGGUAGAGCAGCACAAGGACACCUAAAUUUAUAUUCCACCGAUGCAUUGGGUCAUCUGUACACUUUACGUUCAAAUAACGCAGAAUGCUCUUACCUAAGAUUAUUAUUAAUCAAUGUUCGUGGACCAACAUCUUUCCAAGAAUUAAAAACAGUCAAUGGCCAUGUGUGUGCUGCAUUUCGUGAGGCUUGCCAGAAAUUAAGCCUCUUAGAAAACGAUGCUCAUUGGGAUAUUUCACUCGCUGAUGCUUCUAAUAAAGCUCAACCACAGCAGAUACGUACACUAUUUUCCAGCAUACUAACUACAUGUUUUCCGGCUAAUCCAAAGGAUCUUUGGGAAAAAUAUAAGGAUUAUAAGAGUGAAGACAUUUUACAUCGCAUGCGUAGAAUAAAUGCUAAUCCCAACAUUCAAUUUACAUCAAAUAUAUACAAUGAAGCAUUGAUUUUAAUUGAGAAUAUAUGUUUGACAAUACCCAACAAAUCACUGACAGAAUUGGGAAUGAUUGCUCCAAAUAGAUCUGAUGCACCUGGAGAUACUGGCAAAACUUUUCUUAUUUCAAUUAUUCUGGCAACUAUAAGAUCAAAUAAUAUUGCACUUGCUAUUGCAUCAUCUGGUAUUGCAGCAACUCUUUUGGACGGUGGUCGAACAGUACAUUCAGCAUUGAAAUUGCCAUUAAAUAUGCAGGUAAUUGAAACUCCAACAUGUAAUAUUAGCAAAGGUUCUGGGAUGGGAAAAGCACUAAGAUCAUGUCAGCUUAUAAAAUGGGAAGAAUGCACCAUGGCACACAAGAGAUCCUUAGAAGCACUCAAUCGCACAUUAAAAGAUUUGAGAGGAAACGAGCAGCUCUUUGGUGGUGCACUCAUUUUGCUAGCUGGUGAUUUUGGAGAAACUCUACCACUUAUACCACGUUCAACACCUGCAUAUGAAUUGAAUACAUGUCUCAAAUCAUCAGUGUUAUGGCGGUAUGUGGAGAAAAUAUCUUUAAAAACCAAUAUGCGUGUUCAAUUACAUCAAGAUGAAUCUUCCGAAUGA